AUGCCUCACAUCAUAUCGCUGCCGAGUCAUCCACCACAGGAUGCAGAGAUUGUAAAGAAGGCUAUUCCUUCUCACCCACUAGGCGUGAAGCCAAGUGGAAAUGCUCUGCUGGCUACCUGGAGUCUUCGCAACGCCAUAGGGACCUUUCAACAUCUGCCAGACGAACUAAUUUUGUUGUUGUUGGAGGGCUUCGACGGACCAAGCCUGUUGAGAAUCGGGCGGACAUGCAAGGCUUUCUAUGCGUUUACCCGGGCUGAGGAACUGUGGAAAGCGCUGUUUGUUCGUGACCAAAGAGAAGAUUUCACAUGGCGAGGGACAUGGCGGUCGACAUAUCUCAACAUCCCUGCCUCUAAGGUGCCCAUGAUGGACUGUUCCCAACUAUUCUCCGAUUCUCUAUACCGGCCGUUCAACUGCGCCCAUAUCUCACUCGACCCUUAUGUCUCCAAGAUCCCGGCGCGGAACCAAAUUGCACGACUCCCAGACCUGUCACCAGAGGAAUUCCAAGCAAAUUGGACCGACCGACCAUUCAUCUUGACCGAGCCUGUCAAGGCCUGGCCAGCAUACAAGAAUUGGACUGUCGGAUCACUGCUCGCCAGAUAUGGAAAGACCAAAUUCCGUGCUGAAGCUGUGGACUGGGCCAUGCGCACUUACGGCGACUACAUGGCAGACAACUCCGACGAGAGCCCGCUGUACCUAUUCGACCGGUCCUUCGUCUCCAAGAUGGGAUUGUCAGUCGGAUCUCCAGAAACCAUACCAGACGCAUCAUACUGGCCCCCAGCGUGCUUUGCUGAAGACUUCUUCUCCGUGCUCGGUGACGACCGCCCUGAUCAUCAGUGGUUGAUUAUCGGGCCCGAGCGGUCUGGCAGCAAGUUCCAUAAAGACCCCAAUGCCACCAGUGCCUGGAACGCCGUGCUACGCGGUCCUAAAUAUUGGAUUAUGUUCCCAUCCAGCACCAAACUGCCCCCGCCUCCGGGUGUGUUUGUGUCGGAUGAUCAGAGUGAGGUGACUUCUCCACUAAGUAUUGCCGAAUGGCUACUGGGCUUCCAUGCCGAGGCACGCCGGACUCCAGGAUGUGUGGAAGGGAUCUGUGGCGAGGGUGAGAUCUUACACGUUCCGUCUGGGUGGUGGCAUUUGGUGGUCAAUCUGGAGCCGUCAAUCGCUAUUACGCAGAACUUUAUUCCCCGAGGCCAUCUCGGCGCUGCCUUAGAUUUUUUGUCUAACAAGCCGGACCAGGUGUCUGGAUUCCGGAAGAACGUGGUUAAUCCGUGUGAGCGAUUCAUGACCGGCAUGCGUGAGUCAUAUCCCGAUCUACUGGAACAGGCUUGGGAUGAGCUGCAGAAGAAGAGUGAAGGCAAGAAGCGUAAAUGGGAGGAUAUUGUCCAUGGGAAAACAAAUGACACCCCUGACGGGCAAGACACCGAAAGAGGCGGAUUCAGUUUUGGAUUUGGCGAUGAUGGGAGUGAUGUUGAGGUUCCAUGA